AUGAUAUCUGUAGAUAAAAUGGCAGACGGUGGUUUUGGUAACGUGGCCCUGAUAGGUGGUUUUACUAUAUUGGCUUUUGUGGCUGGUAUCGUUUAUUUCAAUUUAAAACGAAAAAAACCAAAUAUGAAGGGUAACUUGAUUUCAUUGAAAAAUCCCGAUAUCAAAUAUCAUUUUGCGUUAGCAUAUAAAGAGAAUAUAUCUCAUGAUACACGACUAUUUCGUUUUGAACUACCAUCAGCCAAACAUAUUUUGGGUUUACCAGUCGGACAGCAUAUUUAUCUGACAACUCAUAUCGAUGGUGAGCUCGUUAAACGACCGUAUACGCCCACAACAUCAGAUGAUCAGAAAGGCUAUUUUGAUUUAGUAAUCAAAGUCUAUCCACAAGGUAAAAUGACUCAAUAUUUAGAUAAAUUAAAUAUUAAAGAUACAAUCGAAGUGAGUGGCCCUUCGGGUAAUUUAAUUUAUAAAAAUAAGGCUAUAUUUAAUAUACGUGUACGCAAACCUGAACCGUAUAAACCAAAAAAAGUACGACAAUUGGGUAUGAUAGCUGGCGGCACGGGUAUUACACCAAUGUACCAAAUUCUAUGUCAUAUAUUAAAAGAUGAACAAAAUGUUGGAGAAGAUAAAAUAAAAAUUUGGUUACUAUUUGCAAAUCAGACGGAACAAGAUAUUCUGUUACGAGAACAACUCGAAUUAUUAGCAAGUACAAAUUCCGAUUGUUUUAGACUCUGGUAUACAGUAGAUCGUCCACCAACGUCGGAUUGGAAAUAUAGUACAGGAUUUGUUUCGGAUCAAAUGAUUCGAGAACAUAUGCCACUACCAAGUGAAGAAACAUUAAUUUGUUGUUGUGGACCACCACCGAUGAUCAAAGCACAAAUUUCAAAUUUAGAUAAACUCGGUUAUAGCGAGUCAAUGCGCUUUACAUUUUAA